GAUAUAAGAUUAUAAUUGGCAAUAAAUAUAACAGAUUCACCCAAAAGUUAAAAUUUAUAUUGACAACUCCAUCAUCAUGAGGCUGUUGGUAGCAUUAUCUGUUUAUGUAGCAUUGUGUACUGGUAGUGUGAUCCUGAACUCGGAUCAAUAUCCGCCUGUACCAGGGGACAACAGUCACUAUGUAGAAGGAGUAAGUCGCUAUAUAUGGAUGCCCGAUGGAGACAACAAGAUUCAUCUGGUUGAUCUUAAAGCUAAAGGCAGAGACGCUCAAUUCUUUAACGGAUUUAAUAACCAAUACUGGUUAUACACAAGACGUAAUCCCACGAACCAUCAAGUUCUAAAGGUCAACGACGACAACUCCAUUCGCAACUCAAACUACAACGGAAAUUUACCAACGAAGGUUGUGGUACACGGAUGGAACAGCAAAGGCAGUUCAUCAAUGAACCCAAUGAUUCGUGAUGCUUUUCUUCGAGUUGGCGACUAUAACGUUAUUGUUGUCGACUGGAGAAGAGCCGCAUCUGGAGUAUACACAACAUCAGUGCGAUCAGUUCCUGGUAUUGGUCAUCAUCUUGGUCAUUUUCUUAACUGGUUGAUCUCCAGACACGGUGGUAACUGGAACAACGUGCACCUUGUUGGGUUCAGUCUUGGAGCUCAUGUUGUUGGAAAUGCUGGUCGUACCGUUGGAGGACGUGUUGGUCGUAUAACUGGAUUAGAUCCCGCUGGACCUCAAUGGGGACCGAGGAAUUCUAAUACCCUAAGCAGAAAUGAUGGACGUUACGUGGAAACUAUCCACACUGAUGGCGGUAAACUGGGUAUCUUUGAUGUUAUUGCUGACGCUGACUUUUACCCAAAUGGUGGUAGGCACAGACAACCUGGGUGUUCUUUAAGCCCAUGCUCUCACAGUCGUUCCUACGAAUUAUUUGCUGCGAGUGUAACCCACGACCAUUUUGUUGGAAGACAAUGUGCAAAUCUUAACGAAGCACGCAACCAACGUUGUAAUGGAAGGCAGCAUAAGAUGGGCAAUGCUCGUUUAAACAAAAGCGGGUAAGUUAAAAUCCAUAUCUUACAAUUAUUAUAUAAUUCGACUAAGGAUCUUUCAAGAAAAGAACGUACAAACGUGAAAAGCCAGCAAGGCAUUUGCGAUCCUUCAGGCAAUGUGAGUGUCCAUUGGCGGCGGUAUCACAUAACUUCAGGUGAACCAACUACCCAUUUGCCGCAUAUUACAUUAAAAAAAAUGUCAUGAUAUUGUUCUAUUGCACAAAAUGGUAGAAUUUAAAAAUUGGCUAAUUAGUCAGGCUGAUGAGAAUGUAAAAUAAAAGAUUUAAGGCCAAAGUCAAAGUUGUACGCAAACGUACAACGCGUUUUGUUGUUUGUUUGAAAGUCUCAACUGUGAAUGUAGGUAUGAUUAGUCGUAGUAGUCUACAGACAGACAGAAAGUACCUACAAGUAACUCGAUACCUACUUGAUAACUAACAUCAAAUUAUAUUUAUUCAUUUUUCAGGAGUGGCCUGUAUGGAUUAACUACAGGUUCAAGACAUCCAUUCUAACUAAACAAAGGACCGGUAAACACAACGAACGUU